AGAAGAAGAAAAGAAUGGCAGUAGAGAGGAGAAACGGAUUCACGGUGCUGAAACAACUAAUCAAGAAGAUGCAAAAUCAUCUUCAUCUAUCGAGAAAGAUGGAUAUACUGCACAUGGGGUUCGAAUGCGAAGAAGUAGAAGGAACGGUGCCGUUUAAUCUGAAGGAAGGGCAUUUUGCUAUAGUGACGAAGAACGAUAAAGACGAGCCGAUUAGGUUUGUUCUGGAGCUUUGUGUGUUGAAAAAUCCCGGGUUUUUGAGGUUGUUGAAAAUGGCCGAAGAAGAAUACGGGUUCCAACAAGGCGGUGCUCUUGCCGUGCCAUGUCUGCCCGAGGAGUUGCUGAGGAUUUUGCAGGUCAAGAUCUUG